AUCGGCAUCACUGUCUCCGACCGAGAGCGGCCUGAUUUCAUUUUCAUCUGAGUUGAACCUCUUCAUGUUGUUCGUUGUUGUUCUGCACGUCAUUCCGUAAAACGAAUCGCCCCACGAAGCGUCUUGACGGUACAACCGUACGAGCGAAAUCCUCACCCAGCUGAGGAGCGGACAGCAAGGACACCACCAUGCUCUCAUAGAGAAGAAUACAGAUCCGAUCUCCGCGCAGUCAGGACCAUGAGGAAGAGCUUCUCAGUCUUGACAACGAUAGUUUUCGGAAGCUAUGUGAUUAUUUCAACAUUACUUCUGAAGUACCCGACUCUUCUUCACCGGAAGAAGCGACUCAAGUUCAAUGGCGUGCACAUAAGCCAUAGAGGAGGUGCAUUCGAAGGAGUUGAGAACACCAUCGACACCUUCCAGCAUGCAGCCUCUGCUUGCGGAACCGACAUGCUGCAUCUCGACGUUCAACUCACCCGGGAUGGACAGGUUGUGGUGGCGCACGAAGAUUCUCUCAGGAGGCUCUGUGGCUGCAACGUGAAGAUAUCUGAGCUCCGAUACCAGGAUUUGCCGCCCCUCAUGCCGGUGAUUGACGUGGAUUUCAUGAGUGGAGUCUCUUGUUUGAAUUCACCAAUGGAGAGACGGCAGAUACCUUUGCUACGAGAAGUUUUCGAGAGGUUUCCGCAAACCCCCAUGAUGAUUGACAUCAAGCGCAAUGAAGACGAACUUAUAGAACAGGUCUUCGAGCUAAUAGUCACGUUCGGAAGGCAAGACAUAACUGUUUGGGGGAGCAUCUCCGACGUGGUUACUCAAAAAUGCUUCAAAAUGGAACCAUCGAUCCCGAUAAUCUUCUCAGCGCCCCGCGUCGGCUGGCUGAUCUUCGCUGCUUGGUCUGGCCUCCUGCCUUUCUUGCCCAUCGAAGAAUCGUGCCUAAGCGUGUUCCAUCCGAGGGCUCAAGAGAACAAUAGAUACUUCCGAGAUGCAGCUGGAGUGAACCCAGCCUAUUGGUUCUUCCUCCUAGCUAUCGAUCUCCUUCUGAUGCGUCCCUUCAUUUUCAAUCAUCUCCGACGUCGCGGUAUUCAGGUAUAUUUGUGGGUGAUCAAUGAUAGGCAAACAUUCGAUCGGUGCUUUGAGCUGGGAGCAACCGGAGUCAUGACCGACUGUCCAACACUUCUGCGGUCGUAUUUGAGCGAGCACCCUCAUAUCACUUCCAGUCGAGAACUUUAAUCGUUGGCCCGCUCUUGCUCGAUCUUAUCCAUUCCCGAUCCGCUCAUUCCGCUUCUCUGGGGAUCUCAUCUGUAUUUGUGACUCGAAAUGAGAAGUACUGCGUAGAAUUCUAGGGCUUGUUGGUGUAACCAAUGAAGCUUUUCGAAGUGUAAAGAAGAGCGAUGAAGCAACGAAUACGUAACGAGUUACGAGUUCACGAUUUCUCCGAUCGAGCCCCGGGUAAGCGUUGACUGUUCACGCUUCCUGGCCGGUAGAGGCCAUAUCCAGUCCUGACUCGUACUCGCUAGCCGAAGGAGAUAGGCUAACAGUUACGUCCGACUUCGGAG